GGGGGAGAAAAGAAGAGAGGGGGAGACAGGGUGGGUAAAGAAGAGGCAGAGGAGAAAGAGCAAACUGCCGGAAGGAGAAAGGAGAGAGGGGGAGGGGUGUAAGAGGAAGAGAGAGAGGAGAGGGAAAGAAAGGGAAGGAGGGUUAGAGGUACAUGAAGGAGGUGAGAAAAAGGAAGACCCAGGUGGAGAGAAGAUCUCCUGAGGAGAAAAAAUAACAGUGGGAAUGUGGAAGGGAAACAGCCCAGGGGGUAACCAGGGAGCAGGCAUGGAGGGAGCUGGUGGAGAAUUGGGGGGGCAUGGGAACUGGGGUAGAGAAGAUGCCUCAGGUCUCUUGGCCAGGGCCUCCCUGCCCAUCAUGUUCACCUGGCCAUUGCCCCUGGCCUCCUCAGCCCUCACCCUGCUCCUGGGAGCCCUCACUUCCCUUUUCCUCUGGUACUGUUACCGCCUGGGUUCCCAGGACAUGCAAGUCCUGGGGGCUGGGAGUUCAGCUGUGGGUGUAAGUAGUGGGCCUGGAGGAUGUUCUAAGGCUGGCAGGCCAAGCCCAGGGAGCUCUAGGGAGCCUGGGGAAGGACAUGGGACAGGUCUAGCGAGUAGUCGCCUUCGAGCCUAUGCCCAGCGCUACUCCUGGGCAGGAAUGGGUAGGGUGAGGCGGGCAGCACAGGGUGGCCCAAGCCCUGGGAGAGGGCCAGGGGUCCUGGGCAUUCAGCGCCCAGGCCUGCUCUUUCUGCCAGACUUACCUUCAGCCCCCUUUGUGCCUCGGGAUGCCCAGCGGCAUGAUGUGGAGCUCCUGGAGAGCAGCUUCCCUGCCAUUUUGAGGGACUUUGGGGCUGUAAGCUGGGACUUCUCAGGAACUACCUCUCUGCCUCCGGGCUGGUCCCCACCUCUGGCCCCUGGGUGCUACCAGCUUCUGCUGUACCAAGCAGGCCAGCGCCAACCCAGUAACUGCCGCCGGUGCCCGGGAACCUACCGGGCCUUAAGGGCGCUGCGGAGCUUUAUGAGCGCCAACACUUUUGGCAAUGCUGGCUUUUCUGUCCUCCUGCCUGGGGCCCAGCUUGAGGGCUGCUGUGGGCCCACCAAUGCCCGGGUCAGAUGCCAUCUGGGCCUGAAGAUCCCUCCUGGCUGUGAGCUGGUGGUCGGAGGUGAGCCUCAGUGUUGGGCUGAGGGACACUGUCUACUGAUGGAUGACUCCUUCCUGCACACAGUGACUCAUAAUGGCUCCCCUGAAGAUGGGCCUCGAGUGGUCUUCAUUGUGGAUCUUUGGCAUCCUAAUGUGGCUGGGGCUGAGCGCCAGGCCCUUGACUAUGUCUUCGCACCAGAUCCUUGAAGGAAGGUGUUCUCGUCUGGGCUGGAGAGAUGCUGCACUCACGGAUGGCUUGAGUGACAGCGAGGACCUCCUAUCCACUGCAGAGGGUUGGGUGGGCUGAGGGGUGGGAAUUGGCCAGCCAACACUAAAUACAGAUU